GUGAAUUUGAAAAAAGGUACGAGUCACCAUUGUCGUGGAAUCGAUUUUUUUAAAUCGUGAAAUUUAAAUUUUGUUGACAAAUUUUAAGAGGCAUUCCAUUUGAAUUCUUUUAAUAAUACGUUCAGAGAUUAGAAGUUACUCAAAAUACAUCAAAUUCAUAAAUUAAUUACGGAAUCUGGAGGAUUUGAAGGAAAAUAAUCGCUGAACGAUGAAAUGUAAUCGAUGGCAAAGAAGCCGUUCUUUUACGUGAAUGAACCAACUUCCCCAAAACUGGAUGAAUUUGAUUACGAUGUCAUUAUCGUUGGAUCAGGUAUUACCGGACUAUCAGCUGCACACAAAAUUCUGAAAAAAGAUUGCGGUAUUACCUUACUUAUCAUCGAGGGUAGCGAUAAGAUCGGUGGAAGAGUUGCUGUAUCAGGUGGAACGAGAGGAUUUUUUAUCGAUGAGAGACAGCAACAUAUAAAAUAUUUGAUAAGUAAACUGGGAUUAAUGGCAAUAAACCGAAGAGAAAUUGAGGGUGAAAAGAAGAGGGUUUACUACUCUAGAACCGGACCGAUAAUUCAAAGCCACAACAUGUUCGAUGAAGUCAAUGGCUUUAUUGAUAGAUUGGAUUUAACCGCUGAAAAUAUCGAGCUAAAGACCUACGAGGAUUAUCCCGAUGCUGAAAGACUGGCUAGGACGAGUUUGAACGACUUGAUAAUUAACUGUAUAAGCAGUUCAAAAGCUCAGGAAUUCAUCAAAGCAAUCGCUUACACCAUUUGCGGUAAUUUUAUAAACAACCGAGUUGAGGCCGUUUCUGUAUCCGCUUUGUGGUUCAUCGUUAUGGGAAUCGGAGCUGGAGGAUUGAGACGGAGAAUGAAAUUCGCCUUGGGAAACAAACGGCGUCAAUUUAUUCCGGAUGGUGCUAGCAAAGUACGUAAAAAACUGCAGAGUGAGCUAGAAUCUGGAGAUUACAAAAUCCAGACGAAAAGCGUAGUGAAUCUGAUAGAAUUCAACGACGUUUGUGUUUACGUAUCAGUUCGAAACGGAGAUCAGUAUAAAUGCGAGUAUGUAAUCGUGGCAGUUCCACCGCCAGAAAGUUCAAAAAUAAAGAUUCUUCCCCCAAAGGAAGAAGUGGCGAGAAGUCAGAGGUCACAUGAACCUGGAAAGGGAACUUUUUUCCUCGCGAUGUACGACGAACCAUGGUGGCUGGAGAAUAAUUACAGCGGAGACAUUUUUGGGUCGAAAGAUAAUCCGAGCCGUUUCCGACUCGUUUACGAUGCGACUUACCCUGGACUUUUAUCAGGAAAUUAUCUAGCAGGAUUUUUCAAAGGAAAUUCGCCACAGGUAGCAAAAAAUUCAGGCCAUCCUCUUCGGGCAUUACGAAACUGUUGGGUCCAGACGAUUUGGGGUGAGAAUAGCACCCGGCAAUAUUCAACCGAUUGUAAAUCCUUCGCAGAAUGGAGAUGGCCUCGAGAAAACGAGGAGACAGGAAUAGCCGAAGGUGGUUAUCCGAUGACGGUGAUGAGGCCUUCUCACAUCAAGAAUCAUAUAAAUCCAAUGCUGAUGCCUCACAAGAGGGUGUACUGGGCUUGCAGUGAAUACGCAAGAUGCUGGCCUGGAACGUUAGACGGUGCAGUUGAAUCGGGCGAAUACGCAGCUUGUUCAAUUCUAUUCCAGCUUCGUCCGCAGUCCCUGAACAGUCAGGAGCUACGUUUUAUAACACCGAAUACCGUAGUACGCAGGAAAAAUGAUCUUCCCCUCGAUCUAGUUGCUCUACGCUUUUUCACCAUGGGAAUCGUCACCGCAGUCUUGAUUAUCUUCUGUAAACCGGUUACUUGUGCUAGAUUACAGAAAUACAUAGAAAAUGGUUUCCAAAAAUUAUAGAAAAAAAAUAAUAAAUAACACACAGGAAAGUUUUCGAACGAGGCCGACAUAUUGGUAUCCAUUUUCAAACUUUGGAUGUUGAGACGAAAUAGUAACAGCCGUUGGGGAAUCUCUUUCUACCGUUGAAUCAGAUUAACAUUUUUUUUUUAAAUUAAAUGAUCUAGCUUAAGCCGUAGCAUUAAUUGAUCAAGAAAUUCAAGAGUCUUUAAAGUCGCAAGACAAAAAAAAGAAGGAAAUUUUGUUUUUUUAAAUAAAACG